UACCACCUCAAAACACAGUACAAGUUCACUUGCCGGGCCAGCUUGCCACGAUUGCACGAGAAAAUGGGAAAAAAGAUUGAUGUGAAGUUAGCCGGAGCUCAAAAUCAGUAUGAGAUGAUAUGUUCUGUUGAAGAGAAGUCCAUAGCGCUAGCUCGUGUGACUGUGACAUUCAAGAAACCAGCGAGCUUUAUAGAGACUAUUCUUCGCUCGGCUAAGGAAGCUAUACUUAACUGGACUAGAAGUUUCAAGGCUGAGGAUGAGAAUCACACUUUUGGAGUGCCAGGGGCUGUUUAUGUGUACAAUCAGUAUCCAGAGGAGUUUUUCUUGGAGAACAUAUGCAUUGACAGUGUUGAACGAAUGGCAGUGUGGGACCCGGAGAGUCCUCAUGGCAUCAAACUAGCAAUCGAGUACGCCCAAGACAGCCUCCUCAUCUGGACCGCAAUCGAGAGCCUCGUAACAAAGUACGUGGGCCACUGUUACUCGGAUCCAGAUAGACACCCAGCUGCAGGCUUGGUACCACGAGUCGGUGGACCUCCGAGUUUGACUCAAGAAGCCAAGUAUGCAGCCGUGCUUGGUCAUUCGCCCGAGGAAGAGUAUAUUGGGCAGAGGAAGGAUCUAGAGAGUUGGUGCGGGGAGCCGGGAAUUUUGGAGAGAAUCGAGAGGAGGAAUUCAGAUCCGGGGUUUAUCCGUUCGAGCUGCUGAUGCCGAGCUCCGGGAGUGGGACCACGAGCAGGGGCGUGCCUAACAGUGUAACGGCAUGAAAGAGAGAGAGUGAGUAUCGAAAUUUCGG